AUGUACUUUGAAUAAGAAUGUCGAAAAUUUUUGAGACCUCGUAGAUUAGAAUAUCAAAUUUUUGAUUUGGGUCCUGAAAGACUCCCACUUACAAAUGGAACACUAUUCAAACACGAAAUUAGUAUUAUAAAUCGUUAGGGUCAUCAAUUAAAGUGCUCUUUUUUUGAGAUUAAUCCAAUUAGUGAUUGUUGCAUAAUCUAUUGCCAUGGUUUUAACGGUUGUCGUGUAGAAGGUGUCAAAUAUGCCCAUGUUGCUGCUCAAUAUAAUCUAAACUUUUGCACCUUUGAUUUUCAAGGAUGUGGCCAUAGUUAAGGAGAUCUCAUCACCUUUGGUUAUUUAGAACAGAAUGACAUCACAUGUAUCAUUUUGGACAUCAAGAAAAGAUUCUAAUAAAAUUAAUUCAUCUUAUGGGGAAGAUCAUUGGGAGCGACUACCAUCCAAUUGAAGAAAUAACCAUAUGUAAGUGGUUACGUACUGGAUUCUUGUUUCACCGAUCUCAACAAGGCUUGUGUGAGAAUGAUGUAAAAAUCCACUUCCCUACCAAAGCUAAUCAUCAAAAGUGUUCUAUAUCUUUUGAAAGGGAAAAUCGAAUCACAAGGCAAUUUUAAGUUUGAUGAUAUCAAGAUACAAAGGGCUGACUCCAGUGUUCCAACUCUCUACAUUUGUAGUGAUUAAGAUACAUUGAUCAAAUCCAAAAAUACUAUUGGAUUAUACUAGUAGCACAAUGGUUUAAGAGACCUCAUCAAAAUCUAAGGAGAACACAAUGAUUCCAGAUCUCUCGAGUUGAUUAACCAAAUCUGUUGUUGGUGCAAAGAACGAUUCCAAAUCAAUCGUCAAUACUCCUGUCAUGAAACCUCCCCAUUAGAAAUUCGAAAAAAAUAUCAGCAUUUAGCGGGGAGAAACAGUCUAAUUCGUACUCCUUCAGAUAUCAUAAACAAGUAUGAUUUAAACAGAUAAAAUCUCAAUCAUUGUUAGACCUAAUCUACUUCAGUGCUCAAAUACAAUAAUCAACACAUCAUCCAACCAAAAAAAUUAUACUUUCAAGAAUCUCCUUAAAAAAUUAUUGGCUCAUAGGCCAAAAUCUUAAAAUAAUAAAUGAGUUAGGAAAUAGGGCACAACAAUAAGUUUAUUCGCAAACCCAUAUUUGAUUGA